UUACAGGCGGAGUUACACAUAUUAGUUGAACGCAUAUAUAUUGGGUAUUGGGGAAGCGGGUCAAUUAGUUGUGGCGAAACUGGAGUUUGCGCUUGUUGUCUGUCGCCUGUUUUCAUUUCGGAAUAUCCGGAUCAUGCUUUUAUUAUUUGGUUACUAUUUAAGGACUUUAAGAAGCUUUAAUAGUGUUUAUGUGCCAUUUUAAAGUAUGAAAAUCGAUGCCAGAGACUGCGCUAUUAUAUCACUUUAUCCUGCUGCCCCUGGUGCCAUGUUGUUAGAGCCUAUAAGUACAAGUAUGCUACACGACCAGUCCAAAAUCUAUUAAUACGAAAAUACUUGUAAUGUAACAGUGAUUUUAGUGCCGAUAAUGAUCAUCGGUCGCUCCAAACUUUGUAAUCUACUGAAAUCGUCGCUUUAUCAUCGUAGAAUUCAACCGAUCACUGCUUGUAGCCUUUUGUCGUGGAGAUGUUCUCAAUCACGCUGCAAGGUUAAUUUAUCUACUCGUGAUCUUGUGGAAGUGAUUAACCAAAAAGCCAAAAUUCACAAGUAUAUAAAGCCACAAGAGCCUGAAGAAUCUUCGUACGUAAAUAGCCUGGAAAGAUGUGAUUUAGAAGAGGAUUUGAACGUCAUGUCGGAAAAUGAUCAGUUGGAUUUUGGUGCUCUUAGUGCGGAUAAUUUAGGUCAACAACCAUAUCAUGAGUCACUUGUUAAUCGAUCGAUGAAGAACAUAGAAAAAACGUCAGUUAUCGACGAACUGUUGAGUACUGAUGAAGUUGAAGAAGAUCCUGCUGACUAUUUAAGAUUAAGUAAAGUUUAUCGUCGUCAUCCUCCUGAACAUUAUUGCGAUUUAAUAAAACGUUAUUGUAAAGCAGGUGAUACAAAUUCAGCGUUAUCAGUAUUUUUCUCUGAAAUGUUGGAAAAGGAUCGUGUUCUACCAUCGAGAUUUCAUGCUCAUAUGGUUCUGGAUGGUUUGGCCAGAGUUGGAGACAGUGAAAAUGCAUUUCGCGUUUAUAAAAAGAUGACUGAAUUGGGUAUUGAUGCAACCCAGGCAACUUACUCACGUUUGUUUCGCGCUUGCGCUGAGGAUAUUGCAACAUGGUUUCGAAAGAAUAAAACUUUUAUGCCACCUGUUGUAAAUCGUCCUGGGAACCAUCCAUCGUUAAUACAGCGUAAAAUGUUGGCUCUUCAGAAAGUGUUGGCUCCAGACAUGUCACCAGAUAACUUUGGUGGACCUGCACUUCAUAAAGUGUAUCAUUUUUGGCGUCGUUUAACGGAAAAAAAUAUCCCAAUGAAUCAAUUUACGUAUAAUACACUUAUUUUGGCUCUUGCCAAAGCUGGUGAUAUUCAUGGUUGUCUGCGUGCCUUGGAUAUGAUGUUGGCAACUGAAAACACUGAACGUUUUUCUCGAAGAUCAGUUGGUUGUAAAAAUAAAUUGUUGUUUGCCGAUUCUUUCACCAUAACAUCUGUACUCUCGGCUAUUGAACCAGCUAGUGCUAAGAGAAAUCUCGAAUUGUGUCAUCGACGUAUGGGAUUAUCGAAACAGUCAGCAAACUCAAACGAUGUUCUAAAUCGUGUUAGUCCAUUCCAACUAGCCUUAUCUUUAUGGCAUGAUUUAGUCCCAUUGUCAAAUAAUGAUGUUGCUCCGCAUCAUUUCACUUUACUGGCCAGAAUAAUGGGAUUACAAAAUGACUAUUUGGAUGCGAAUAAUAAUCGUGAAAUAGUUUUUGUGAAUAACAAUCGUUAUAAGUCAUUUCAAGAUAUAUUUAAAUCUUCUUCUGGCGACUCAUCCAGUUCUGUAAAUCUAAUACAUCCUUCCUGUACAUCACGCGAAUUGGCAUCAAUGAUGAUUGCACAAGCUACACAAUCUCCAUUAUUAAACAGCACGUCUAUCGUUGAAUUAAACUCGACCAGUAAUGAAUCAAUGAUUGAUGAAACACCGGAAUCCCCUCAGUUUGAUUGGAAUGAUACAAUGUUAGCACUUCGUAGCCCGAUAAAUCUUCUUUUGCCUACUGAUAAACCAAUAGUAAUUUAUGGACCAAAAGAUCAAGGUUUGUAUCCAUGGCAACGUCUUGCUCUCGUUGGUGGAUUGUAUGGUUUCUUGGAUACUAUUGAAAACCGUUACAAAUUGAAAGUGAAUAUUAGUUUUUUCACUUGUAUCAUCUGUUUGUUGCCACCACCAGUGAAAUCUGAUCAGUGUUACACAAAAGACGCUUUUGAUAUUUGGGAAACAGAAGUUCUAAAUUUACUUUCAAAGUUUAAACUAACUGCAGAUACUGCACUAUACAAUUCUUUUAUUCAUCGUAGAGCGUCAUUUGGUUUGAAUGCUAAUUAUUUAUUAGCGGAUAUGACCCGUAAAGGGUUAAUUCCUGACCAAAUUACUUGGGGUUGUCUAGCUCGAGGUUGUCAAACAAUAGAGUCAGUUAAAAAACUUCUACAUGGAUUUGAGAUUGCUGCUACAACCCCACUAUCUCCCACUGAUUCGGAGACUAGCAGUAUAUCUCGUGAACAAAAUGUCCACCCACAAAUCGUCAGACCAAGUUUUACAUUCUUCAGUACUUUACUAUCAACAUCUGGAUUUGAUUGGGAGUUGAAGGCAUUUGUUAUUGAAUACAUGAGGCGUCCAAUUCAUAUAGAUGAGUUGUCUGAUAAAAAAUCUACCAUACCAAAACGCGAUGUAUGUGGAAAUCAAGUCUCCAAUCGUUUCGAUGGAUUUGUGUUAGAUCGCCGAGUAAUCGCAUCUAUUGAUAUAGAUAUUGGUUUGUUUCGAGAGCUUUUGGCGAAUGGUGUAAUUCCGAAAGACGGUUCACCUGUUCAAGGAUCAAAAACUGGUGGAUUUCCUGUCUAUCCAAAUGCUGUUCGUUCAUUUUAUAGAUUUUAUAAGAUCUAUAAAUCUUGGCUGCGUGAAAGUCCUGUGGAGAAACCUUGUUAAUGCGUUUAUGCAUAUAUAUGUAUAUAUUUAGAUAUAUGGGGAAGCAAUUUAGCUAUUUGCUGGACUUGUUGUGCAUAGUAAUCUGUAUUUGUAGAUACAAUUGUUUUGAAAGUAAACUGUACUUGUUUUGAUAUGUUUCUAUUUACAUGUUUAUGUGGUUGUUGCUGACCAUUUUGAGAAUGUUUGUUGACAUUAUUUUUAUGAUAUUGAGAAUUUCUUCUUUCAAGUGUGUUGAUGCGAGGUAUGACAACUUGGGUCAAUGAAGAUUUAUGAGUUAUCCUUUUUGGUUGUUUAUGACCUACUGACAGAGCAGUUGAACUGUAUGUUUACUGUGCAUUUACUAUCUUGUGUUUUAAAAAGGAAGAGCAUUUAGAGUGAAUGAUUAGUUUACGGUGAAUUUCUCGUUUGAUCCUACAGUAAUAAAUCCAUGGUUUUAUUGUUUUACGACGCCUAGUUUCAGGUAUACACAUACAAGUGUUGACUUAUGUGAGUCGGUGUUGUAGAUUUGGAAUAUGAAUUUAUAAUUGUAUGGAGUGAUUAAAAUGUUACUGAGACCAAUUAUUCGUCCAAGCAUGUGUAUAAAAGUAAUUCGGUUAUGAGGUACAGGUUUGCUGAAUUUUCGUCCUGUUUGAGACUCGUCAGCUGGAUGUACGUGCAUCUCAGCGUUGAUAUUCACUACGGGAUUCAAAGUUAGUGCCGUUUCAAACUCCUUCGCUUUAUCCACGUAGCUAGUUAGUCCAGAUUGCCACUAACUUGUGCAAUGCGGUAAAUUUUAAUUAAUUUUGUAUCAGUUGUUUGAAUCUUGAACUCAAUCAUACAAGCUAAUGACUGUUUGGACUCACCAACUAAGUGUAUAAUGCGGUGGCGUUUGAAGCGAAAGACACUGGAUUCUAGUUCUGUAGUGAACAUCAACUCUAGAAUCUAUUUACUGUCACCUAAUGAGUUCCUUAAGAUAACAAGUUGCACAUCUUGUAUUUCACUGCUAGAGACCCUGCAUCUUUGUUUUUAGUGAUUUAACGGUCAUAUCCACUACCAAACACCAAUCUCUGCUUAAGAAUGUUGAUACCCUCUACACAAAUUAAUAGAUGAGGAGAAGUAUGUACAAAUUAAUUAUAAAACCUACCAUAAAUCAUAAUUUAAUUAUGAUAAUCGAUGCCCUUAAAUACCCUGGUACGGUCGAGAGUGGGGAGAGUCCGCUCUCCCCCUCGAAAUGCUGUCACACGGUCACGCGAAUACAGCCUCUUCCAGGGAAGUCCUACCCACUGCCUUCACGUUGCGGUGAUGUUGUUUACGAAAAUGAGAGGACGAAAAGAGAAUGUCCGGCGCUUUAACCGGAUCCCGAACCAAUGAUGCACAUGGGCAUGUGAAAUGUCCCGACAAUGUGGGAGAGUAGGAGGACUAGUGAAAUAUCAACGGAAAUGAGGAGAUCCAACUUAGCUGUUCUCAGAAUCAGCGAAACCCAUUAGAGUUAAACUGGACAUAAAAGGUUAGGUUCGGGAGAGUCACGAAGAACAAAAUGCUUCACACACUCAUGGAGUUGCUUUGAUGCUGUCCAAAGGAGCACGUCAAGCACUUAUAAGAAGGGAAUCUCAUGCAUCUAGGAUUAUCAAAGCAUCUUAUUGUGGACCGCGGGGUGGCUAAUCUAAAUUCUACCGAUUAACCAACUGCAGAUAUCCCAGUACGACCCCAAUACUGUUCCCCGAUCCCCAAUAUAUCAGAACACGAACCGUUAGAUGAAAAUUGUUUAUGGGGUCAGGAGAAUAAUAAUCAUUUUCAAAAAAUGCAUAUUUAUACAGUUAGGAUUACCGGGAAUAUUGACCAACGGGAAAAUGACACGUGAAAUAAAUAUUGACCAAUAGGAAAAUGACACCAUUUCACGUUCAAGAAUAGCAUUAGACUUAAUAGGAUAAUUUUUUGAAUAUCCCAACGCUUUCGAAACAAGAAAGGAUGGAAUCAAUAAAUGUUAUCCAUUGUUAUACACCCACCGAUGAUAGCUAUGACGAUGAUAAAGAUCAGUUCUACGAGAGGCUGCAAUUGAUCAUAGCGAAGUACUCAGGAAACGACCUGACCAUCCUAAUGAGAGAUCUAGACGCCAAAGUCGGAAUGGACUACAUCAGAUAUGAAGAUAUCAUGCGACAACAUGGAAUAGGGCCUCAAAUGCCCUGGUGCGGUCGAGGGGGGGAAGAGUCAACCCUCCCUUCUACUCACUGUCUUCUUGCACCGGGGUUGUUGGUAAUGAGAAUGGGAGGGCGGAAACCGAAUGUCCGGUACUUUAACCGGAUUGGUGGAUAUGAAGGAUCCACCUAUGAAGACCUUCACAUUUCAGAGCAAGCACGGAAUAAAAUGGACGGCUUGAAUGCAGCUAGACGAUUCGAACUUCGCAGAUGACCUAGCUCUUCUAUCCCAUACAUAUCAACAAAUGCAGGUGAAGACAGACAGUGUAUCAAAACCUCUGCAUCAGUAGGCCUCAACAUACACAAGGGAAAACGCAACAUCCUCAAAUACAACUGAGACAAUACCAGCCAAAUCACACUUGAUGGAGAAACUCCGGAUCAGUUGGAAACUUUCACGUACCCGUGAUGCGUCAUCGAUGAGCAUGAAGAAUCUGAUGUAGACUUAAAGGCAAGGAUUGACAAAUCAAGGACAUCAUUCCUACAGUUAAAGAACAUGUGGAAUUCGAAACAGAUCCGUUUGAACGAUUACUAUCAUCAACAGCCUUCUGUGGUAAGGGACAAACUAGCUACCAACUGAAGAGGAAAUUAGGAAGAGACUCUGCAGAUGGAUAGGGAACACAUUGCAAAAUCCACCAAACUGCAUCACGAGGCAAGCACCAACUUGGAAUCAU